AUGCAAGAUGAAGACACGAAGACAGCGUUCGCCUUAAUGAAAUCGACAUGCGCUCUCAUUGAGUUUGCGACCACCCAGUUUAGGAGUUGUGAUAAGAAGCUAGAUGAAGCCAAGUCUAAAUGUAAUGAGGAUUGGAACCCCUUCCAGACUCAAACGGACUUGUCUCAAAAAACAGAUAUCACGGAAGUGUGCAGUAACUAUUUUGGAAAGGAUAAUUGUUUGAAGAAAGACGUCACUGAUGCAUGUGGUGUCAACGAAUGGGAGAAGCUUAAAGAGCAUCUUCUUUCUCUGAAUGACCGCGUCAAGAAAUGCGAUUUCAAGGGAAUCGUUUGA